AUGUCUGCGCCACAGGUUCAAAGCAGCAGCCAGGGCGGAAAUGCCACCUUCAAAGAUAAGGAAAAGCCCAUGGCAGUUCGCUCGUCGAACAUUGUCGCCGCCAGAGCCGUCGCCGAUGCCAUCCGCACAUCUCUCGGUCCCCGCGGUAUGGACAAGAUGAUCCGCAGCGGAAAGGGGGAGACCAUUAUCACAAACGACGGCAACACCAUGCUCAAGAGCAUGUCAGUUAUUCACCCCACCGCGAAGAUGCUCGUCGAACUCUCCAGCUCUCAGGAUGUCGAGGCCGGCGACGGUACUACCUCCGUCGUCGUUAUCUGUGGCAGCUUGCUUGGUGCCGCCGACCGCCUCUUGUCCAAGGGCAUCCACCCCUCUGUCAUUUCCGAGUCUUUCCAGCGCGCCGCCGCCGCCGCUGUCGAGGUCCUCCACGACAUGUCACAGCCUAUUUCCCUGACCGACACUGCUUCGCUGCUGCAGGCUGCCAACACGUCUCUGUCUUCCAAGAUUGUUUCGCAGUACUCCAACCUUCUCGGCCCCAUGGCUGUCAAUGCUGUUACGAGAACGAUCGAUCUCAAGACGGCCGAGAAUGUCGACCUUAACAACAUUCGCAUCAUUAGGAAAGUCGGGGGCACAAUCGAAGACAGCGAACUAAUGGACGGCCUUGUUCUUACCCAGCCCGUGUUAAAGAACGCCGGCGGACCUGUCCGAAUCGAGAAGGCCAAGAUUGGUCUCAUUCAGUUCCAGCUGAGCCCUCCCAAACCUGAUAUGGAAAACACGAUCGAGGUCAACGACUACCGCCAGAUGGACAAGAUCGUCAAGGAGGAGCGACUGUAUCUGCUCAACCUUGCCAAGAAGAUCAAGAAGGCCAAGUGCAAUGUGCUUCUCAUCCAGAAGUCGAUCCUCAGAGAUGCCGUCAACGACCUGUCACUCCAUUUCCUCGCCAAGCUCGGGAUCAUGGCUAUUAAGGACAUUGAGCGUGACGAGGUCGAGUUCAUCUGCAAGUCGACUGGCUGCAAGCCCGUUGCCGAUAUUGAUUACUUUACCGAGGAUAAGCUCGGAACCGCUGAUGUGGUUGAGGAGGUUCAGUCUGCAGGAGCGCGCAUGGUCAAGUUCACAGGUGCCAAGGCGACGGGCAAGACCGUGUCUGUCGUUGUUCGUGGUGCCAACUCCCUGAUCUUGGGUGAGGCUGAGAGAAGCUUACACGACGCGCUUUGCGUCAUCCGCUGCCUUGUCAAGAAGAAGGCCCUGAUCGCUGGCGGCGGUGCUCCUGAAAUUGAGAUUGCUGCACAGCUGGCCAAGCAAGCCCGCAGCCUGACCGGCACUGAGGCCAUCUGCUGGAAGGCGUUUGCGGACGCCAUGGAGGUCAUUCCCACGACGCUGGCCGAGAACGCCGGCCUCAACAGCAUUAAGGUCGUGACUGACCUAAGACAUCGCCACGAGAUGGGUGAGAAGAGCGCUGGCGUCAGCAUCAAGUCCGGCGGCGUCAACUCCAACAUUUCAAAGGAGAAUGUUCUGCAGCCGCUGCUGGUUAGCACAAGCGCUAUCGAGCUGGCGGCAGAGACGGUGAAGAUGAUACUGAGAAUAGACGACAUUGCCCUGACGAGAUAG